UUGUUUUCCCCCGCUCGGCAUAGAUAGACAGUGCGAGAGACACUUUAAGCUUCACACACAGUCAAAUAGCGUAAAGAGAAUUUCGGAUGAGGUGAGAUGAUUUUUGCGGCGGAAAUGCAUCGUUAGGAGUGUCCGAGCCUGUACAAAUUGCAGAGUGAUAAAGAAUCGACGAGAAAAAAAUUCCCCAAACAUCAGAAGUGUUCUAGGUGCAGCGCAAAAAUAGAAACGGAGCUAUUUUUAUUCGCCCUGUUGCCCGUUCACGCCGAUUUGGAUUGAGCGUUUAUACUGUACGUCGCGCGCAAGUUCUUCAUUCUGAGAACUCGUGAGCUAAUUAUUUACUGGUUUUAUUUGGUUUGGUCUUGGUGAAGUGAAUGACUGGGGGAUGGUGGUAGUAGUAGUAGUAGAGGAGAGGGAGGAGGGUCUUGGUGCUAUUUGAUCGGUGCGCUUUUGAAGAUCACAAAGCCCAUCCAGAGCCUGCAAGGACAAGCUGGACGAGUCCCGCUGGCUCCCGGAAUUGUUUUGCGUGGUUCGGAUAACACAAACACAUGGGGAUCUUCUGGGUUGAUGGACCGGGCUGCACACGUGCUGUCUAAUCUCCACUGGAUUUAAUAGCGUGAAACACUAUAUUGGAAUAUAACGCGGAGCUGAGAGCAUCUUAGUCUACAUGCUCGUUUGGGGAAAUUUCAGGUAACAUCUACAUCAGUGCAGUACAGGAGGUGUAUGUCCUCUGUGCCAGCGAUGGGGUGGAGAGAACUGUCGAUUGACCUGCUGCUACUGCUGCUGCUGGCAGGUACCCACCUGGAGGCUGUGAGCUUUCCUGAGGACAACAUCCCGCUGGACAUCGUGGACACAAACUAUGCUCGGCAGUACCCGGUGUUCAGAGGACGUCCCUCCGGCAACGAAUCUCAGCACAGACUGGACUUUCAGCUCAUGACACAGAUACAUGAUACGUUGUUCAUUGCGGGCAGGGACCAGGUUUAUUUAGUGAGUCUGAGAGAGUCUUACAGGAACGAGAUUAUCCCGUACAGGAAGCUGACGUGGCGGUCGGGACAGGCGGACAGAGAGACGUGCGCCAUGAAGGGAAAACAUAGAGACGAGUGCCAUAACUUCAUUAAAGUCCUGGUUCCGAGAAAUGACGAUCUGGUGUUCAUCUGUGGAACAAAUGGUUUUAACCCCAUGUGCCGCUACUACAGGUUGGACAACCUGGAGUUUGAUGGGGAAGAAAUCAGCGGGUUGGCCCGUUGCCCGUUUGACGCCAAGCAGACGAACGUUGCCCUGUUUGCAGAUGGUAAGCUGUACUCUGCUACUGUGGCAGACUUCCUGGCCAGCGAUGCCGUCAUCUAUCGUAGCAUGGGGGACGGCUCUGCACUCCGCACCAUCAAAUACGACUCCAAGUUGUUAAAAGAGCCACAUUUCCUCCACGCUGUGGAUUACGGGGAUUACGUGUACUUUUUCUUCAGAGAAAUUGCAGCAGAACAUAACAACCUGGGGAAGGCAGUUUACUCCAGAGUUGCUCGGAUCUGUAAAAAUGACAUGGGAGGGUCCCAGCGGGUGCUGGAAAAACACUGGACAUCUUUUGUUAAGGCGCGCCUGAACUGCUCUGUUCCUGGAGAAUCGUUUUUCUACUUUGACGUUCUUCAAGCCAUUACUGACAUCAUCAACAUUAACGGGGUGCCUUCUGUGGUGGGAGUUUUCACCACCCAGUUGAACAGUAUUCCAGGAUCUGCAGUGUGUGCUUUCUCGAUGGCAGACAUUGAGAAAGUGUUCCGAGGCCGCUUCAAAGAGCAAAAGACGGCAGAUUCCGUGUGGACACCAUUUCCCGAGGAGAAGCUGCCCAAGCCCAGACCCGGCUGCUGUGCGGGACACGUCUCAGCGGAGUCUUACAAAAACUCCAUUGAGUUUCCAGAUGAGACCCUACAGUUCAUCAAGUCCCACCCACUCAUGGACGCCUCUGUCCCCUCCGUCGGAGAUGAACCGUGGUUCACCAAAACAAGAGUCAGGUACAGACUAACAGCACUUGCAGUGGACAACACAGCAGGACCUCAUAAGAAUUACACAGUGGUCUUCAUCGGCUCCGAGGCUGGCAUCGUGCUGAAAGUUCUGGCAAAGACGUCUCUGCUGUCUUUGAAUGACAGCAUUUUACUUGAAGAGAUAGAUGUCUUCAACCAAGCCAAGUGUUUAUCCGGCAACGAGGAUGAUCGGCGAAUUCUGUCCUUCCACCUGGAUAAAGACACGCACACCCUCUAUGUGGCAUUUUCCAGCUGUGUGGUCAGAAUACCUCUCAGCCGCUGCGAACGGCACAGUUCAUGUCAAAAGUCUUGCAUUGCUUCUAGAGACCCAUACUGUGGGUGGAUGUCGGAGGGAGCCUGCGAGCGCAUUCCCGCAGAUGUCCAAACCAGUUAUGAACAAGAUGUUGAAUACGGCAACACCGCACACCUUGGCGAUUGUCAUGAAUUUUUGGCCACUACAUCAGCGCCAGAUUUCAAAUCACAUGGCGACCCAACCUCUGACAUGGAGUUGCCGUCCUCGUCAGUCACUGUGUCCGCGACUACUGAACUCAUACAAUCACACCAAACCAUCCCCACACAGAGUCCCCAACUCUUUGGCUCGCGGACAUUUGUACUCCACGAUGAUCCAGCCACAUCACAUUCUGUUGAGCCUUUCCCAGGUGUGCUGGAGGGUGUGUGGGAAAUUCAAGCAGGUGAAUCUAACCAGAUGGUACACAUGAACAUCCUCAUCACCUGUGUGUUUGCCGCAUUCCUGCUGGGUGCAUUUAUUGCAGGCAUGGUUGUCUACUGCUAUAAGGAUGCCUUCCAACGCCCUCCACACAAGAUCCAAAAAGAUGCAGAGGCCGCUCAGUCUUGCACAGAUUCCACAGGUAGCUUUUCCAAGCUCAAUGGUCUGUUUGACAGUCCUGUCAAAGCGUACCAACCCAAUAUGGAUUCCCCCAAACUCUACACCAACCUGCUAAGCAGUGGGAGGGAGGUCCCAACCACUGGAGACACCAAGACAAUGCUCCUGAUUGGGCAACCACCAGAACUAGCAGCACUUCCUACCCCCGAGUCCACACCCGUGUUGCAACAGAAAGGCCUUCACCCAAUAAAGAACCAAUUGGAGAGAGCUCAUGGAAAGCUUAGCAGCUCCCGAAAACAUGGGACACCCAAAAGCCCUCAAUACCUUCCCUCCAGUCCACCUCCUCAUUCCACCAUCAGCAACCCCCAGAUCCCCAGUGCUGUGGUACUGCCCAAUGCCACGCAUGAGAACAGAGCCACCUUCACUACCCCUGAAGGACCUCAAGCUGUGAAAAAGAUCCACAUUAGUGAUCAACAUGGUUUCAAGUUGGGCCAUAAAGACCAACGGCGCACUGUAGAUGCCAGGAACACACUUAACGACCUCUUGAAGCACCUGAAUGAGAGCAACCCUAAUGGGAUUAUGGUGGAGGUGCCCAAGACCCGCCAGCACCUCAUGUUAGAACCCAUUGUAAGCCCAACAGAGGUCCCACCCAAAGUCCCAAGUCGAGAAGCCUCCUUGUACUCUCCCUCUUCCUCUUUACCCAGGAAUAGCCCAACGAAGAGACUGGAUGUGCCGACUACACCAACGUCUCCUACAGGUCAUAUGGGAACUCUGGAGAGACAGCGGUAUCACCGUAGCUCUUCUCAGCGACACUCUAUAUCUUCACCACCCAAAGGGCUGCAUUCACCCAGUGGGGCCAUUGUGUCCCGACAGCCCAGCUUGAACAGAGGUGGGUACAUGCCGCCAACCCCUUCCCCACCCACCAGACUAGACUCUCACGGGGUGCCGAUGGCUAUGACGCCCUCCAUAUCCCGGCAGAAUAGCUACAGUGGUCAAGGAUCUUUACCCCGAACCUCGAUCAAACGGACAGCAUCAUUAAAGCCCGAUAUGCCCCCCAAACCCAACGGCUUUGCGCCACAAACUGCACAAAUGAGAGCAGUGAACAAGUAUAGUUACUGAGAUACUCAGCAGGAUUUUACUCCAUGAACGGACAUUGGGAGUAAAAGAAUUUGGCCUGAACAGAUAUGUUGUGCCAGUCUCUGUUUCCUUUGAAAGGAAAAUAAUCGGAGGCCAGCGCUUCUGCUUCGGGUAGUUCUGCUAUUCCUCAAAGACAUUAUCUUUGUUAAGCUCAGUUUGAGCAACAUGUGACAUUUUGAUCUUCGAGGUGGCAGGGUCACCUAAGGUCACAGCUGAUGUGCAGCAUAAAGAAGCUGCAUAGAUGCUGCAGCAUUCAUGGAGUGAAUGCUCCCCUUGCACUGUUCUCCCAGUCAAUGUGAGGUGUGGAAACACAGGAGACAUGGCUGUAUCUGUCAGACUCUUUGGGAAAUAUGAUAUUUGUGCCUGGAUAUCUCUCUAAAAGACAGAGUAAAAUAAAUGUAUUGCGUGUCUGUGUUUGAUUAGUCUCUGGGCUAACCAGUAUGCAUUUAAUUGUCCUUGUUUGUUCUGUAAACUGAGAACAAGCUAGAGUCAUUGCUGUUAUAAACCUAAACCCCAUUUAAGGUGCAUUAACAUCAGAUGUGUUUGGAUUCAGAAGUCCAGAUAUUAAUUAAGUAAUUUCUGUGUGCAAAAGAAAUGUCCAAGGCACCUACCUGGACAACUGAUUUUAAAACUCACAAGGGAAAAGUGCCCUCAACAUGUGUGCUGCUAAGUGUAGAUGAUAAUGACGUUUAAUGGACUCCAGUGUGAUGUUCCAUGCAGCAAUUUGCCGUGUCAGGCUGAGUCAAGCUUUUAAACCAACAGGCUCAGCACAGGAUCAUGUAUUUCGGUAAAACAUACAAUGUUCUAUUUGAUUACUCUUAGAUCUAGGAAAUUACAGCAAGUCAUCUUAUCUCAUAAAGUUGUCUUAUAGCUAUGGCAUAAGGCAGAUUAUUGAUCAACCUCUCUCCUUUCCCACAUGCCAAACAUUGCUGUUGGGUCAGUGAAGUCAAAAGUCUCGCUAAAUUGUUUUAUCCUUUGAAUUAUUGAAAAUAUAUUGCGGUUCACACCAUUUCAUAGAGAUUGCUUCUUAUGUCUUUGGCAACCCUGUUGAAAAGACCAUCUUAUACCAGCUGGAAGUUGGUUGUGUCUGGUCUUAGCUGGUUUAAGUCUUGCCAAGCAUAUUUUCAGUUGGUUUAGAUGGUCUCCCACCAUGGCCAAGCUGGUGUCCCAGCCUAACCAGCUGGCAAGUGCCCAAAACCCCUCUAAAACAUUAAAACCAGACCAGCCUAACUAAUGGAAAUGGCCAAUUUAAUCCAGAAAACCACCGUAGGCUGGUUUAAGAUACAAGUGUUUCAUAUAUAUAAAAUAAAAAAAGAACGUCAAACAGCACAUUCCCCCCUGUAAACCAUCCUCAGAACGGGUGGUCUGUGGAGACAUAUUCUGUGGCGACCCAAUCUCAGUUAUACACACAAGGCUCAAGGCUAAAGAGACCGCUUCACUCUGAUAGUCCACAUACUUAAAGAAUAGAGGCCUCAAUUCCAUACUAAGAAUAAAUGUGCAAUCACUGCAGUACCAGUGUGUCCUGCAGAGUGAUGCCAGUGAUAACUUUAUUGUAUACAACUAUUUAAGUGUGGAUAUUUUCAAGGCAAGUUUACCUGGAUCAGUGUAUUUGUGUGCCUUAUUGAAAUCACAAGCAUUUGUUUUGGUUUUGGACAUUAUCAAACAAAUUGUUUUUGUAUGGAUUUAACCAAAUAUCCAAUAUUGGGAGAGAGCAAAUGUAACAUUUUAUGAAUGGAGAAUUAAGAAUGCUCCCCAAAUGCUCAUCCUCCUGAUUUCUGUGGUGGUUACAGCUCUGGAUGGGGAGAUCAAGAUAUGUCAAGAUAAACGCUGUUCAUUUACAGAAGUGAGUUCCAGAGGUAAAAUGAAUGGAAACAAAGAUUAUUAUAAUUACUCCUCUGCAUUGCCGUUUAUUCUUAAGUUUGUUUGGGAAGUGAUCAUUUGCUAUGAUGCCAUGUAAUGAAUGUAUUAUGAUUCUAAAAUGACUACAAGCUGGAUUUCAGCUCACAUUAUUCCUCAACAUUUCAUGGGGGUCAAAUUGUUAUUAAAGGGGUUAAUCUAUGAUUAGAGAUUUGCAGUUUGUUUUUUAUUACUUGAGGGAAUUUCAGUAUAUGGAGAAGAUGGAACUUGUCUGUUCAAGCCCAAAGUUUCAUGUUUGUUUACAUGUUCUGAUUGUAUUUGAGCAGCUGAUUGACAACUGAUAUGUCAUCGCCUGGUAAAGAUCAGUUUUAUUAAAGGAGAGAGAGUUGAUCCUGUGCUCUGAUUCAAAUUGUCCUGUGUUGAGCUGCCUUGUAUAUUGCAAUAUGAAUCUGCAAUCUGACUUAACGCCUUUACCGUUAAGUCAAUACUCUGCGCAAAGAAACCAGACUGGUCUACCUUUUAUUUUUAUUACUGUGCAAACAUUGGCAGGUGGAAUACAGCUUUUUUCCCAGAACAUUUUAAUGUGUAGAUAUUGUAAAGCUGUACUGUGAAAGUGUAAAUAAUUACAUUCAUUGUUUAAGAAUAUUUUUGUUGACUUUUUUAACUCGGCAUGUAUAGUUGAAUUAAAAUAUUGCUGCACAGAUAAUAUGAUUUUGUUUUAUUUUUACCGGAUCUUAUUUUGUAACACAUUGUUCUCUGGCUAAAGGGCUAAUACUCCUAAAUAUUAUAAUGUCAUCAUCAUUAACUUGCCCUCAUGACCAUUGAUCCCAGUAAUGUUUUAUUUCUUCCUCUAAAUGCAAAAGGACAUUUUAGACAAAAUGUCUGAGCUUCUGUUGUCUGAUCUUCUUUCG